UUAAGUCUUUUCUUCUCCUUCUGCGUUAUGGUCGUUGGUAAAAAUAAAAAGUUAGGGAAAAAGGGAAAAGGAAAAAAGACGUUCGAUCCGUUUCUCCACAAAGAGUGGUAUAAUAUCAAGGCGCCCACUCUUUUUUCUAACAGAUUUGUGGGUAAAACACUUGUAACAAAAUCUCAAGGAAAACGCAUUGCCUCGGAUGAUCUUAAAGGACGUGUUUACGAAGUUUGUCUUGCAGACUUACAGAAUAAUGAGGACUUAUCUUACAGAAAAAUUAAGCUGAUCUGCGAGGAAGUUCAAGGAAGUACUUGUCUUCUUAACUAUCAUGGAAUGAACUUAACUACUGACAAGCUUCGCUCACUCGUUAAAAAGUGGCAGACUUUGAUAGAAGCCCACGUUGAUGUAAAGACUACCGACAACUAUUAUCUGAGGAUGUUUUGCAUUGGGUUCACCAAGAAGGCUAAGGAUCAGCAAAAAAAGACUUCUUACGCUCAAACCUCUCAAGUUCGGGCUAUUCGGAAGAUUAUGAUGGAGCAAAUGGCUAAAGAGGCUACUAUCACCGAUUUUAAGGAACUAUGGAAUAAGUUAAUUACUGGUGAUAUUUGUGGCGAUAUAACCAAGCUGGCGCAAGGGAUUUAUCCUCUAAAAGACGUUUAUAUAAGAAAAGUUAAAGUUUUAAAGAAACCAAAAUAUGAUGCGGGGAGAUUUUUUGAUUUGCACGGAGAAACUACAUCUAUUUUAAAGGGUAAGAAGGUUUCACGUCCAGGUAAGUUUAUUGAACCUGUGCCCAGUGAUUCCAUAUAACUUCAUUUUUCAUUUCCAAUAAACUGAUAUAUAAGUGUUA